UGUUGUUCUUUUGCACAGAUGUGUUGUGAUCCUCCUGUCACUGCCAUUAAUGUACGCUAGUGUGGGUCACGUGACAGUGCGGCUGCAGUAUUCUCGUCUUUGAGCAGCUAAAACACUCGGUGUCCUGCACAGCCGCAAUCAAAACAGACGAUUAAACCCCUCAGGCCUGGAGACGGAUGUCACCAGGCACAGUCGCUGGACGUUCUUAACUUCUUUCGAGGGAAACCGUCUACUCAAGUAUAAUAUCCAGACUUCUUCUGUGGAUCAGACCGGUCUACCUAUCCUUAUCAAAUGGAUAAUGGGGACUGGGGGAAUAGGCUGACUCACCCAGUCACCUUAAAUGUUGGGGGUCACCUCUACACAACCUCUAUCUCCACUCUUCAACGUUACCCAGACUCCAUGCUGGGCGCCAUGUUCCGCGGCGACUUCCCCACCACACGGGACACUCAGGGAAACUACUUCAUCGACCGGGACGGGAUGCUUUUCCGCUACAUAUUAAACUUCCUGCGCACAUCCGAGCUCACUCUUCCUGUUGACUUCAUGGAGAUGGACCUUCUGCGUAAAGAGGCUGACUUCUAUCAGAUCGAGCCUUUAAUCCAAUGCCUCAAUGACCCAAAGCCUCUGUACCCGCUGGACACCUUUGAGCAGGUGGUGGAGUUAUCCAGCACUCGCAAGCUGUCUAAGUACUCCAACCCAGUAGCGGUUAUUAUCACGCAACUAACCAUAACCACCAAGGUCCACUCGCUGCUGGAAGGAAUAUCCAACAACUUCACUAAGUGGAACAAACACAUGAUGGACACCAGAGACUGUCAGGUGUCUUUCACCUUUGGACCAUGUGACCACCAUCAAGAGGUGUCUCUAAGGGUCCACCUCAUGGACUACAUCACCAAACAGGGAUUCACGAUCCGGAACACACGGGUACACCACAUGAGCGAGCGUGCCAACGAGAACACAGUGGAGCACCACUGGACUUUCUGCCGGCUAGCAUAUAAAGUAGAAGAUUGACCAAUCUAUGAAUGUGCUACCAAAUGUGGUUGCUGCUGUUUCCAAUGCAAUGCUUCAAUCUGUAGAAAUUCCAUUGUCGGUUGAGACCAAGCAGAAGAAAAAGGGAAUGAAAUGUAAAGGAUCACAUCAUGCAUUGCAGAAUAUUUCGCAAAAGCAUUAAAAUAAUAUAUGAUACAAACGCAUUUGCAAUACUUAUUCAGAUAAUACUCAAGCAUCUUUCAGCAAUCUAUGAACACCUUGCCCACAAUCAUUUAAAAAAAAAAAGCAAAAACAAAAUUGUUUCAGGUAUUCAUUCAUUCCAUCAGAUCAGAAAUCCGUCAAACAUUGUGCACUAUGUGCAACAUCAAGAUGUUAGCGUGCAUGUAUUUCUAACACAUUCUUUAAGUAUUAAGUGUCCACAUGCUGUAAAUGGAAAUAAAUUUCAUUUGUUCAUCGGUUUCAUUUAAAA